AUGUCAUAUAAAAUUAAGUAACCUACUCUUCUUUCAAAAGUGCAUCCAAAAGUAUUAUACAAUACAUAAGAGUAAUUUAAAUCAAUAAAUUCUUAGAUAUAAUGCUCGUGUUGUUAAGGUUUAUAGUCCUUUUGAAUACAUGAAUUACAUCAAACGUAGAUAAGAAUACUUAAAUAAAUAGAGGGAGCUUUUAGAUAAUCUUUAAUUGAGUAAGGAAAAUUAUGAAAAGCUAACAUUUUCUGUAAAACAAAUAGGAGUCUUUGAUGAUGAUGGAAGAUUUGGAACAUAAAGCCAGCGUAAAUAUUUGUUAAAAUCAAUGGAAUCAUCAAGGUAAUAAAAAUCUGAAUCAAUUUAAUAUCCUUAAACAGAAAGAGCUUAAUAUUAGUUUAAAGCCAAAGCUUUACCAAGUAGUAGAAAAGAAAAAAAUAGAUUUUCUCCUCAAUCUAAUAUAAAGUUCUUUAUGUUGCCAGAAAGAUAGGAACCUGAUGUUGAAUCGAAAAAUAGCCCUAUUGAUAAAAUAAUCAAACGAUCAAGGCAAAAAAAAAGAAUACCAUAAAGUCAACCUAUACCUCCAGAAGUCAUCUUUGCUAAAAGUUAGCCAAACCCAAAAUAUUCCUCAUAUAGUAGAUAACUUCAAGAACUAACAACAACUGUCGAAUUUAAUAAAUUACUUUGAUCUUUAUUUUAAAUAAUUACUUA